AUGUUAAAUUUGAAUAGUAGCCGAUUCCAGCCACCCUUCUUCCUCUUGACAGGCAUCCCUGGAUUGGAGGCAGCACACACCUGGAUUUCUAUCCCUUUGUGCAUCAUGUACAUGAUUUCUUUAUUUGGGAAUUGUAUCAUUCUCUUCAUCAUUAAAACCACUCCCAGCCUUCAUGAACCUCAAUACCUCUUCUUGUCCAUGCUGGCAACCACAGAUAUUGGCCUUUCUAUAUCCACAUUGCCAACAGUGCUCAAUGUCUUCCUUCUCAACCAUAGGGAGAUAGAGUUCCACUGCUGCCUGGCACAGAUGUUUUUCAUUCAUACUUUUUCUUCUAUGGAGUCGGCUAUCCUGUUAGCCAUGGCAUUUGAUCGUUUUGUUGCCAUCAGAAAUCCAUUGCGCUACACUGUGAUCCUUACCUAUCCUCGGAUUGUUGGGAUGGGACUAGUGGCUGUGGGGAGGGGCAUGGCACUGAUGGCACCUUUACCUAUAUUGCUCAAACGGCUGCCCUUCUGCAAGAACAUCAUCCUUUCUCACUGUUAUUGCUAUCAUCCUGAUGUCAUGAAGCUGGCCUGUGGACCUGUCAGAGUCAACAUUAUCUAUGGAUUGACUCUUGUUCUUUGUUCCUUUGGAGUUGACUCUGUGUUCAUUGUUAUUUCCUAUGUCUUGAUCCUGAAGACAGUUAUGAGCAUUGCUUCCAAUGAGGGUCGCCUUAAGGCCCUCAACACUUGUGUCUCCCACAUAGUCACAGUCUUUAUCUUCUAUGUGCCACUCAUUAUCCUAGCGCUAAUACACAGAUUUGGAACAUUCACUUCACCUCUUUUUCAUGUCACUAUGGCCAACCUUUUCCUAUUCCUAACCCCAGUCCUGAAUCCACUGGUUUAUAGUUUUAAAACCAAACAAAUUCGCUCAGUUAUGCAGAAAGCAUUCAUGACAAGAGGAAGUUGA